ACCCCUACGUCAAAGUCUGUCUCAUGUGUCAAGGAAGACGCAUCAAAAAGAGGAAGACCAGCGUACAGAGGAACACUCUCAACCCUGUCUUCAACGAAGCGCUUGUCUUUGAUGUGCCCCAAGAGAGUGUGGAGGAUGUCCAUUUACUGGUCAAGGUCGUAGACUACGACAGAAUCGGAAGUGACGAGUUCAUGGGUUGUGUGACCUUGGGACCCAAAGUGGGAGGUCAAGGCCGGGAGCACUGGUACGAGAUGUUGGAGACUCCGCGGCGCCCUGUGGCCCAAUGGUACCCCUUGAUGGAGCAACCACCGCUUCCCGCCCCCAGCAACGGCAAAUGUUGUCUCCGACAGCGACAGUCAACAGAGGAUUCGGUGGCUAGCGAUAACAACAACAUUGGCUGACGCAAAAACUUGCUAGAACUUCGAUCAGUUAACAGAUGAAUGAUUGAUUUAUCUCGAUAUCUGCAUCAGAGAGCAGAUUUUUUUCUGUCUGGAGAACUCUGGUCGGUUAUCUAUGAUUGAUUUGUCUCUAUAUCGAGGUCAGAAAGCCCGUCAUUUUUCUGGUGCACUGCCCAAAGGUAGCCCGUUUUGUGUGGUCGUGAUUUUUCUCUCACACUGCCAGGUAUUUCGUGGCCCUAGUGUUGUCCCAUGCGGUGGUCAGUGUGGCCAGAGGGUUUCGAUCCUUCGACAUGACGUCACCUUGGCUGUAUGGAUGAAAAGCAUCUUUCAUAGUUGUUUGUUUGCCUGUGCGACGCCAAGAGAACUGAACAAUGGGAUGUAUCUUCACUCUUUACAUUUCAUGUUUUGUGAACUUUGUGGCUGAUCGGGGGCGGGAGGAGGUGGGUCGUGGUAUCUGUCUUGAUUUUCGAGAAAUUCCACCUGUCGGGGUGGGAGUACUUAACCUUAUAUCACCGUUUCCAUUUUAUUGGUUCUUGCCCACGUUCUGUUUUUACCCCUCCCAACCCCCACCCCCAAAAAGAAAUUAAUAAAUUCUUAUAUAUUCUGGGAUGCUUUUUUAUUAUUUACAUUCAUAAGCGGAUGGAAGUUGACCAACUGUUUUAGGCAGAUUUAUGUUGGCCAAAACUUUGGAUUGAAAAAGCGUAAAAAUGUGAGCACGAGAAGUAUGUGUGACCAAUAAUUUGUUAUAAAAUCGCUACCAGAUGUGGGCUUAUGAUAAAUGGAGUCUUACAUGGCUCUGAAAUGCCAAAGUUUGAUAUUAUUUUCUGACUGUGUCACAGAGAUUUUCCAUACAUCAUUCUUAUUUCAGCCUUGAUUUCUGUUUAUUAAAAUAAGAACAAUGGUUUUAUUAUUCUGGAAACGAGAUAGCUUCUAAAACCAAUCUAAAA